CUAGCUGACCACUAGCUGAUACUCCAAUCACGCCACUCUCGCGCAUGUCAGUCCGUGCGCAACACUUUAGCGAUUGACAUGUCGACUCUGGUUCUGGUCUGUGUCCUGCUACUUGGUCUAGCCAGUAGCGGGUCCACGCAGGAUAUUGUGUUUCCGGAUCUGAAGGAACUGGCCAUCGGUGAUCCGUGUACCAUCGAGCCAUCCUUAAAGGGUGCACCGUUCGUUCAGCAUGGCAUUUGUAGGCGUGUUCGAGAAUGUCCCACGUUCAUUCCACGCAUCAUCCGCCAUCCGUUCGAUAUUCGCCGGGAUAUCUGCUACUUCGAGGUGCACGACCCUGUGGUGUGUUGUACGAGGACCGUGGAGAUCUAUGAACAAGAUCAAUACAACGUGAUCGACUAUGAAGGCCUCAUCUCAUAAGUUUCUUGCAAAGAGCAUUUAAAUCGACACAGCGUGCUCGAUAUUACGGACCCAAUACAAUAAGUGUCCACAGUCCAUAAGCGUAAAAUCUCAACAAAACGUUGAUUGCAUAAUGUAUCAGCGCAAUGAAAUAUAGUUCAGUCACUCAGCCAUGAAA